UGAAAUGAAAUGUUGUCAUAAACAUUGACCGUCACAAAUCAACAAACAAUUACUUUCCGUAAAGAAAACGAACAAAACCACUUGCGUUUUCGUCAGAAUGAUUUAGUCUUAUCCCUCUAACAAUAUGGUUCACCGGGUUCGCGCCGUGGUCAUUAUCAUUAAGCUAUCAUGCUUGUUGAGCUGUUGCUUACUGAUCAACAGUCAGAAAGUUCGUCUACGAAAAGCUAAACAAGCUGAACUGGAGGGCAACGUGGUGAUGCCAAAGUCAACGGAAGUCGUACCCUGCUCUUGUGCUAUCUUUCUAACCGGUCAGUUCAACAAGCAAAACCGUACGGAACCACCUCGAGGAAACCCAGCAAUCCAGCUGGAGCUAAUGCAAAGUUACCCCUGCAAUAGCGCAGGCAAUAAACAAUGCUCAAACCGGUGCCUGGAUGCCAUCCUCAAACAUUUACCGAAUUCUCCGGCAUUAAUAUGCGGCACAAUCGAUCGGGAUUGCUUCCGAGAGCGUGCUUACUUGUUCUAUCAGAACUGUUCCCCACGCUGGGUCAACACCAAUUUCUCGGCAGGACGAGAAUUUUGCUGUCAAAACGACCGACCCAUUCGGUGUACGAAAAUGGCCGCUCUCAUUCGAAGGACUCUGUUGGCAAGCAACUCUACCAACACCGCGAACGACGAACGCCUCGAUCCAACGACAGAAUAAAGAACUGUGAUAUUUACCGUACAUAAACUGGGUCGGGAUUAGUACU